AUGUUCUAUUCAUUGUUGUAUUUAGAUGUGGAUGUUGUACCAGAGGAGGAAGACAUAUGCAGACUUUACGGGGACAUUGAGGUGUUUGCUGCUGUAGUGGAGCACAAUUAUGGUAAAGUACUAGCAGAGAAGAGUAAUAUGGAAGUUGCAUUAAAAUAUGGUUUGGAAAAAUUUCAUGAUAGCAAAGUGCUAAAAGAGUGGUUAAUUAAGAAGAAUGAGUUAUUUAAUGAGAACGAUUUUGUUAAGGAGAAUGAGCAUGAGAAUGAUAUUGAAUACAAUGGAAAAGAAGUUGGUGAAGAUCAUGGAAAUUUAUCACCUAUUAGAUGA